AUGACAUUACCACCAACAGCGCCAUCACAGCCGGCGCUCAACCGCAUCGCCCUGCCGCCAGGCGAGGCGGGCACGUCGCUCCCCGAGUCCGAGUCGUUCGUCGACAGCAUCGACGCGCUCCUCACGCCCGACGAGUGUGCGGACAUCUUGCGCCCACACACCGAGUUUGGCCCAGUGCCGGGCACGCACUCGAAGCGGACGCGCGUGUCGUUUGACGACGAGGCGCUCGCCGAGCUGCUCUGGACGCGCAUCUUGCCGUUCUACGCCGACCUGGUCGUCGUGGACGAGUAUGGCGCGCGCUGGACGCCAGAGCACCUCAACCCGCGCUUCCGGCUCGCGCGGUACGGCGUCGGCGGGCUCUUCACGCCCCACUUUGACGGCCGCCGCAUGGCCAGCGUCGACAGCCAGGGCUUCAUGACCAUCAACAUCUACCUCAACACGCUUGCGCCGGACGCGGGCGGCGCGACGCGCUACCUCAGCCACGAGGGCCGCGAGAUCCUCGUCACGCAGCCCGAGAUUGGCUGCGCGGCCGCGUUCCGCGACUCGCUGCUGCACGAAGGCGCCGAGGUGCUCGCGGGCGAAAAGUACCUGUUACGCACGGACGUCAUGUUCUCGCGCGCCGACGGGCCGUUUGACUUUGCGAGCGCGUUCGGCCACCUAAGCAAGAAGGAGAAGGGCGCAGCGGCGCUCAAGAUCGCAGUCGCGGUCGAGAACGCCAGCAACCUCGACGCAGCGGUAGAGUACUACCGCAAGGCGUUCCGCCUCGACCCCGCCCUCGAGGAGCGGGCCGACACGCGGGGGAUCAAGCGGGACGACGAGGGCGUGUGCAUGAGGGACGAUCGGGGGUUCUACAAGCGGGACGACGAGGGGCAGAUCCUAGACAUGUAG